AUGCGCUUCUUUUUCCUGUGUGUCCUUCCUUCGUGCAGCGGCUUUGACCAUCCGUUCCCCUCGCCUCGUUCCCUUCGCCCCUGCUCCUCUUUCCCCGCUCAACCCACCCCCCCCGAGUUGACGGUGGUGGGGCCACGCGGCAGGCCUUCUCAUCUCAUCCUCUUGUCCCUUCCUUGUCGCCCUUCCCCACCUUUCUUUUUCCCCUUCCCCCACUCCCACCCCCCAGCCCAGGUGAUGGUGGUGGAGGCGUGCGGCAGGGUGGGCUGGGCUGUUGUUGCAUGUGGUCUCUCGUCUCUUUCCUUUCCCCCCUUUCCCCCUCUCUCCCAGUUGACGGUGGUGGAGGCGCGCCGGGCGCGGAAGGGUGACGGUGGUGGAGGCGCGCGGUCGGGUGGGCUGGGCUGUUGUUGCAUGUGGUCUCUCAUCUCUUUCCUUUCUCCCCUUUCCCCCCUUCCACCCACCCCCCAGGUGACGGUGGUGGAGGCGCGCGGAAGGGUGGGCGGGCGCAUGUGGAGCCGAACGGAGGCCGCCCCUGCCGGCUCGCCCACUGCGUUCCUGCGAGGCGAGAUGGGCGCACAGUGGAUCGAAGGCGCCACAGGUAACCCUAUUGCCGCCCUAGCUCGAAAAUUCAAGCUUAGAAUUGGGCGGCAGAACGGGCGGGAAAUACAAUUCACAGCCAAGGGGAAGAGAUACAGGGAUCCCGGGUGGUCGGCAGCGGAGGCGGAGUAUCAAACGUUGGUACGGCAAGGCUUGUCCUGGGCGAACAGACAGGACAAGGAUGUGAGCCUGCAGCAGGCGUUCACCAGCGGGCCAUGGAAGCGGCGAGUGUUCCUCAAGCCCUAUGUGCAGUCGCGCCUCUCAGUGGACUUUGAGUUUGACUUUGCCGCCCCUCUCUCGCGCCUCUCUGCUUGGUACUUUGACUCGCUCGCCUUCAAGCCACCCACUGUGGUGGUUACCAACGGCUACGACAACAUCCCCAAGAUGCUCAUGCAGGAAGCAGUGGCGGCAGGCGCUGUUCUAACCCUCAACUUUGAAGUAACUGCCAUCUCACAGUCCUCCACUGGCGUUCAAAUCACUGGAAAGGACACCGCCACCGAUGCCAUUACCACGCUGGACGCCGACGUGGUGAUCGUCACAAUCCCUCUCGGCGUGCUCAAGGCCAACACCAUCGCCUUCUCUCCGUCGCUCCCCCCCCGUAAAACCGGCGCCAUAGCCCGCCUGGGAGUGGGCGCAAUCGCCAAGAUCUUCUUCUUCUUCAACCAGACCUUCUGGCCGGUCAACGUGGACGAAUAUUUCAUCGAGGAUGCGCAGCUGCCCGCGAAUCGUGGGCGGUGGGUUGACUGGGUGAACCUGAAGCGCGCGUGGGGACAGACGGCAUUGGAAGGUGUGGCUCUGGGGGAGUAUGCGGAGCGGAUGGCUACGAUGAGUGAUGAGGAGGUGAUUAACGACGCCAAGGCAAAGAUGGCGCGCAUGUUCCCGCAGUAUCGCAAGAAGCCCGUGGAAGCACUGGCGACUUGGAUCCAGCGCUGGACCGCCGAACCGUAUUCGCGGGGGGCGUACAGCUAUGCGCGCGUGGGCGUGCGGGGGAACGAGGAUCACUGCACGGACUAUGAUGUGAUGGCGCUGCCCGAGGGGAGGGUGCUGUUUGCGGGGGAGCACACCAUCUGGCAGUACCAGGCCACCGUGCACGGCGCCCUGCUCUCCGGCGUCCGCGAGGGCAAGCGCGUCCUCAAAAACUUCUGA